AUGGUGUUCUCUUCGGCUUUUUUGGGUGAUCAACUUUGUUCAGUGUGCGGGAAGUUGUGGCCUAUUCUCUCUGUUGCUCAUGGUUCAGCCGACACCUUGUUGGUUUUAGAGGAGUGCUGCUUGGUUGUUUUUGGUGUUCAUGUUACUUUGGAUUGGUUGCCUUACUGUGCAGACAUGUUUUCACCAUUGCUUCUAGCAAAUUCAGUCCAAAUUGCAAGUAUGAUGAGGACUUGUAUUGCUAAGGAUGAAUUUGAAAGGCAUGAGGGGUGCAAAUGCUUUUCACAUUGUUUGGUAGUGGUG